GCGAGGCGCGGGCGCGAUUGGACGCGCGGGUGUGGGGGGGGCGGGGCCUGGCGCGGGAGCGGCGCGUGCGCGGAGCGACGGGAAGAUGGUGCUGAUCAAGGAGUUCCGAGUGGUUUUACCUUGCUCAGUGCAAGAGUAUCAAGUUGGGCAACUUUACUCUGUGGCAGAAGCUAGCAAAAAUGAAACAGGAGGUGGAGAAGGCAUUCAAGUCUUAAAAAACGAGCCUUAUGAAAAUGAUGGUGAGAAGGGACAAUAUACUCACAAGAUCUACCAUUUAAAGAGUAAAGUCCCUGGCUUUGUAAGGAUGAUUGCUCCAGAAGGCUCCCUGGUGUUCCACGAGAAAGCCUGGAAUGCAUAUCCCUACUGUAGAACAAUUGUGACAAAUGAAUACAUGAAAGACAACUUCUUCAUAAAAAUUGAGACCUGGCAUAAACCAGAUUUGGGGACAACAGAGAAUGUGCACAAUUUAGAUCCCAACACGUGGAGGAGUGUUGAAGUUGUCCAUAUUGAUAUUGCAGAUAGAACUCAAGUAGAACCAGGAGACUACAAAGCUGAUGAAGAUCCUGCAUUAUUCCAGUCAGUUAAGACGAAGAGAGGACCUCUGGGGCCAAAUUGGAAGAAAGAGCUAGCAACUGAUGAGGAGUGUCCCAAAAUGUGUGCUUACAAGUUGGUGACCAUCAAGUUUAAGUGGUGGGGACUGCAGAACAAAGUCGAAAACUUUAUACAAAAGCAAGAGAAAAGGAUAUUCACCAACUUCCAUCGCCAGCUGUUCUGUUGGAUUGACAAGUGGAUUGAGCUGACUAUGGAGGACAUUAGGAGAAUGGAGGAUGAAACCCAGAGGGAGCUGGAAGCGCUGCGUAACCAAGGCCAAGUGAGAGGAACGAGCGCUGCCAAUGACGAGUGACGACGGACGGAUGCCGAAGCCGGAUCUCGGAUGUGUGUGUGGGUGCAUGACUCUGUAUAUAACUAUACACGCACAUGCAGACGGAAGGGGUGGUUACAGUGUCUCCGGGUGCUAUACCUGUCCUAGCAAAGAUUCCAAGGAAACUGCUUUCAUUAUGUAUACCCCAAGCAAAUAAAAAUCAACUGAGUAGUGUCAUUUAAAGGAUGAAUUUUGCUAACUGGUAUGUUCAUGAAUGUCAAUACUGGACCAAUUUCUGCCCUACUUGUUUUUUUUUUCUCCUGUCCGAGUCAUUCUGCUCUAACUCACCCAUCUCUCAUUGUAAAGAAACACUCAAACAAGUUAAUUUCGGUUUUAUGUCUUCCCUAUGUGAUGAGUUUUGGAAUAGGAACAAUGAAUGUAUUUAUAGCUAUUUAUUUCUGGAUUGUCAUUAUCCUAUAGUCAAAUCAGAAGAAAAUUUCUAUUAGUGGAAAUUGGAAGACUUUUACUGUUGAAUAAGUUUAACCCAAACGUUACCCACUCACUGAUUUAAAAGAAAAAACCCCUUGUUUUAUUGGACUUUUGUACAUUGAAAUGCUAAUGGUUUUUCUUCAUUAAAAUUGGCAAGAUUAAGAAAAAUGGUUUGUGAUUUAUAAAGUAAUUGCAACUUGAAAUUUUUCAGAAGUUGCUUUUUAGACAAGUAUGCUGACAGUACUUGUAGAGCAUUUCCAGGCAGUGAGGAGAGGGACAGCCCUUCUCUCCAGGAACACUCCUGCCUGGGCAGUGGCUGUUUUCCAGAGCUUCCCUUUGGAAGCCAUGCACAUGGUCUGGAUUUCACACACAGCAAUGGAAUAUAAUUAUGAUUUUAGCUCUUUUCAUGUUGAAAAUACACUUUGGGAGAUGUAGACUUUCAGAUAUGAUGAAAGUUUCAGUUGUAGCCCUGACACAUUUUCACGCUGUCUUGGAGAGCCCCUGGGGUGACAAAUCCCUCCUGUAGGAAACUCCAUAGGGAAAAGGUCUUCAGCAUGUUUAAGAAACUAUACUACUACAGCAUAUAACAGAGGGAUAUUAUCCAAAUGCUUGCUGGAUCGGAGACAAAGUAUUUCAAAAGCACUAGUCAGAUAAAGUUCUAUUUAUGCCUGGUUUCCUCCCAGCACCCUUGGCAGGGCCAGCCUUGCCUGCGCUCCCGUCCUCGGAUCCUCACACAGCCAGGUGCAUUGGAGCCAUUUCGGAAAUGCAUUGCUCACAGAAGGAUCUGAUUUCCAUUACUCUCAGUGACAAAACGUUCCUGCACUGGCAAGGUGGGCCAGGUGGGCCGUGCACCUUGUCCUGGUGCUGCACGAGCCAGCACUGCCAUGCCUGCCCUGCGCUGGUGCCUCACCCGCGCCAUCGCACCUGCCCGCCCUCCAGGCCCCACAGCGUGAUGUGUUUAUGUUCCUUUCUGGGUUAGCACUUAAGUGGUUAUUUGUCCUGUACCACCAGGAGGUUGGGUUGGUAAAUACACACAGAGAUAUGGCACACACACACACACACACACAGGUCGUAGAUGUGAAGUGCACACUCCCAAGAGGGCUGCACACCUGGAACCCAAGGGCUCAGAUCUCCUCGGUGCUGCAGUUCGUGUCCCACCGUCGUUAAUGUGUUGUAACACAGCUGGUGGGAAAGGGACCCUCUGACUUCAUCCAUGGAUUUGGACUAGUUGUGAAAAUUUGAGAGAAUAUUGUAGUGAAUGUACAAUGUUUAGUUUCCUUUUGGCAGUCUCUGGUGUGACUCACAGUAAAGCAGGCAAUGAAAUUUAAUUAAAUAAAUUUGAUCAUAAAAA